CGCUUUUUCCCAAAGUGAUGAAAACAGUAAAAAGAGAAGGACAGUUGCCAAGUGCCGACCAGAAGCCAGACCAGAAUCAGGCAGGCAGCAUGGAUCCAUCUUUGGGAAUCUCAGUCUCACUCCAAACUGAAGCAAGCUGGCUAAAUAAGCAUGCCAUUCACAAAUGUGAUUUAUACGCUUCGUUAUCUGAAGACCUGAGUGAGCUUAGCGUUCUGUGUGAAAUGGAGUUCAGUGAUGAGUACAAGACACACUUUGAGAAACAUUUGGAAACCUUGCCUAGUGUUGGACCUCCAACUGUACUGGCGUACAAGCGGGAAUCUUCUGAAGAUGAUCGGAUACUGGCUAUGAUGAAGAUUCUUAAGGAGAGGUCUGGGAAGGAACUGUGCAAAUUCUGCAGAAAACCAUUGAAGCCAUUUCCUCUAGAAUCAACCCUUGAGCACGGCUUUUCCCAACAGGUCUAUUGCUGCAGGCAGUUUUGGGAUAUGAUCCAGUGCCUUUUCAAAGAACAAAAACAACUAUUACGAAGCAAAGAAAUUGAGCUCAUCUCAGUAUCCCCCCAUGGCCCUUAUGGAAGUGAGACUGAGAGACAAAAAGCAAAGGAAAAAACUGCACAGAGGCUUAGAGAAAGACAUAUGGCGAAAGUCUUUGAAUCAGUGGUGACUGAGCCAAUCACUUUUACUGAAUUUGGAAAGCCAAUGAAAACCAUUUCCUACCAGCUUUCCAAUGCCCCUCCAGUAGGAGACAACUGGACCAUUGUUCCAGAAGAAGCAGAUUCCAUGACAAGUACAGACUCAGCAGAGAAUGAACUUUCCCUUUGUGACUUUACAAGUGAAAUGGUAAUUAAGAGAUAUGUAGAAAAAUACUACCGAACAGGGAGGAAAUUCCUCACAAUGCUUCCAGAUGGGACUGCACAGAUUUUCUAUCCAUCUGGUAACUUAGCCAUUAUAGUCAUUCCAAGUAAAGUAAAAGAAGCUAUCUGCAUUGUUCAAGAAGAUAAAGACCACAAAGCAGAAAUUCUGGCAAUAUUUGCCUCUUCUGGGAAGGCCACAUGUUAUCACCCCAAUAGGAUGGUAUGGCUGAAUAUAAAUCCAGUGGGAGGACAGUACUUGGACAGCACAGGCGGAAGAGUCAGGAGAUGGCGCUGGAAAAGCAGUGAUUCUGAAGAGCCCUGUGUUCAGUUCAAGCCAAUCUUCAUAUCUUUGAAUCUUCAAGUGGGGGUCCGAAUAAUUGCACAGGACAAGAUCUAUGUAUCUUUUCUGGCUACGGGAAAGCAAGCCAAAUUAAGUGUUGGAAGAAAAGAGUUAUCAAAGUCGCAGGUGGAAGAAAUUGGAGAUGAUAAGCAAAGCAAAAAAAUACCACUUUCUGCAUCGGAAGAUGAGCUCAUUCUCUAUGCAUUCAGGAUCAGGUUCCUCAGCUUACUGAAUAAAUGUUAUGAGUGUUUGAAAUCUCCAUCGAAGAAACAAUGGGACAGGGUCAAACCUCCCUCCUUCCUCGUGUCUCAGGCACAGAAACUCCUCUACCUCUGUAAUGUUUGUGAGAUUAGCACAGAUGUCAGUGCCUCAAUCCGGGAUAACCUUCGCAGUGAUGUGACCUGUGACCUCCCAUCUUAGAACACGUUUAGCAUAUAUGUCAUAGCUUCAUAUAAAAUAUGUUGAACUUUUUAAUAUUUCAUGUACAAUUAAAUAGGUCUGUGGCCUUUUCCCAGGUCUAGCACUUACACGGUAAUGAUAAACAUGUCAUUUCACAGCAUGACUGAAUGUUUCUGGUGGUAAUUUGUAUUUC